ACUGAGUUUAGACAGCAAGAGACAUUCUUGGAACGACAGAGAGACAAACAAGGACUUGUGCGGAGCAGAGACACUGGCCUGGGGGGAAGAGACGGCUGUGAAGAGACUAGCCUGCACUGAGAGAGAGACUGCUCUGUGUCCAGUCACUGACACCUACCAAAGCCCCAUAGACUUGCAGGAGCUAAUGUAAUACUGAGAAGCAAAGUACCACGGCUCCCGUGCGCUGUAGACAUGCUGCAGGCGACAGGAAGGCACUGAGAGACUUCUGGUGCGUGAGCUAACGAUGGCUUCCAUGGCUGGAUAGAGUACCUGCUACUAUGGAGAUGCCUGCAGUCUUGGAAAGUGCAAACCUUCCCUCUGAGGGGUCACGUAUACAGAAGGAGGAUACUGAAAUAGAGGACAAUGGGGACGUAUUUUACACACAGGAGGGGACAGGUGACGAGCAGUGUCCCAACCAAAACACUAAACAAGAAGACGGCACAGAUGACGUGGGCGAGGAGCCCGCUCAGGUUGAUGGUGUAGACGAUUUAGCAAAUGUAGAUACGACGAGGGUGGAACUAAACGUGGAAAGUUCUUCGGGGGCUGUAGGUUCCCUGGGUAGUGCCCAGGAAGAACAGACCAUGGAAUUGUCUUCCGUCAUCUCAUUACCAGUCAGCCAGGACUUGGAGGCCUUGCCUCACAGGACCGAAUUGGCUUCUUCCAGUCCGGAUAUUACAGAUGAAGCAAAGGUUGACUGUGAUGAGGGACCUGCAGCCACUGCAGGAGAGGACCAAGGGAAUGAUACAAAGGGGGCCAAAGAGGAAGGAGCCCCAGAAGAGGAGAAUGGUCGCAGUAAACAGGGGCCGAAGAGAGUCACGUUUCCUAGUGAUGAUGACAUUGUAUCUGGUGCCCUAGAACCCAAAGACCCGUGGAGACAUGCCCAGAACGUGACUGUGGAAGAUGUCGUCACGUCCUAUACACAAGCCUGCCAGAAACUGAACUGCAAACAGAUUCCGAAACUUAUCCGGCAGCUUCAGGAUCUGACUGAUCUUUCAGGGAGGGUUGAGAGCCUGGAUCUCAAGGGGGAAAAAUUGGACCAUAAGGCGUGUGAGGCACUGGAGGAAAUCUUUAAGCGGGUGCAGUUUAAAAUGGUGGAUUUGGAGCAGACAAACCUGGACGAGGACGGAGCCUCUGCUUUGUUUGACAUGAUUGAGUAUUAUGAGUCAGCGACGCAUCUAAACAUCUCCUUUAACAAGCACAUCGGCACUCGGGGCUGGCAGGCCGCUGCUCAUAUGAUGCGAAAGACAAAUUGCCUGCAGUAUUUGGAUGCUCGAAAUACCCCCUUGCUGGACCACUCUGCACCAUUUGUGGCCCGAGCUCUACGCAUCAGCAGCAGCUUAACUGUCCUUCACCUGGAGAACAGCAGUCUCUCUGGAAGACCCCUGAUGUUGCUGGCCACGGCUUUAAAGAUGAACAUAGUAUUACGGGAGCUGUAUCUCGCCGACAACCGCCUGAACAGCUUGCAGGACUCAGCCCAGCUGGGAAAUGUAUUGAAGUUCAACAGCUGUAUACAGAUCCUCGACUUGCGGAACAACCACAUCAUGGACUCAGGUCUUGCUUAUAUCUGUGAGGGAGUGAAGGAGCAACGUCAGGGACUGGUAACCCUUGUUCUCUGGAACAAUCAGUUGACUCAUGCUGGCAUGGUCUACAUGAGCAUGUGCUUGCCUCACACUCUGACAUUAGAGACGUUAAACCUUGGUCAUAAUGCAAUCGGUAAUGAAGGGGUCCGCCAUCUUAAGAAUGGUCUGAUUGGAAACCGAAGUGUACUCCGAAUUGGUCUGGCAUGUGCUAAACUCACGUGUGAAGGCGCAGUGGCUGUAGCAGAGUUUGUGGCUGAAUCCCCUCGUUUAUUGCGUCUUGAUCUGAGGGAGAAUGAAAUUAAGACGGGAGGCUUGAUGGCGCUGUCGCUGGCUCUUCGUGUGAACCAGUCUCUUCUCAGGAUGGAUUUGGACAGAGAACCCAAGAAAGAAGCUGUUAAGAGCUUUAUUGAAACACAAAAGGCUUUGUUGACAGAGAUUCAGAACGGUUGCAGGAGAAACUUUGUCUUGGCCAAGGAGAAGGAAGAACGCCUCCAACACUCAGUAUCAAUGGCAGAGAUUGCCAGCACUGGUGAAGAGGAGGACACAAACACUGCCCCAGGAGAGAACAGCCAUGCUGCUGAGGACUCCAGCACUGCCAAUGAGAACAGCAAACCGCACUCAGAUGACCAAGAGGAAGAAGAGAUUACACCUGCCCCAGACCCCCAAGGUCAGGACUCGGACUCUGAUACAGAGGAUGAAGAAGAGAUAAACGAGGCAACCGAAAAGCCAGCUGAGCAGCCAGUGCAGAGCUCCCCGGCUCCGGUGGCAGUGUCUAGCCCGGGUAGAGGUCAUAAAGUCUUUUUAGUUACAAGAGUGGAAAAUCCAAGUACAGUGGAUGGAGGAAAGGGCGUUCCGGAGAAUAAAGGGUCUUCGGUUAAAGAAGUGGCCACACCAGGAAGUCCCGCCCUCGCCAAUGGACUUGAGGCUGAAUUUGGAAGGGCACCGACAUGCUGUGAUAACAAAGAUUCUCAUGGAACAUAUUGUGAUAAAGAGUUAGAGGAAUUGCUACGUGAAGCCUCCACAGAGCCAGACCCAUCUCUGAACGUUAUAACACUAUAAGGAUUGAUUCUUCCGGCUCUUUGGGUUACCUUUUCUUCAUACCCUGAAUCCUUUUUACAAUCCCAUUCAUCUCGCCUUAAGAAAUGGGGGGGCCCCCCAUAGGAUCACACUUACACGGGUUCCCUUUUGAGAACAUGUAACUGAUCCUAAAUUUGCUUCUCCAUUAUGAUGGCAAUAAGGGCAGACACCGUUCCUGCAGGUAAAUGGAAUUUGCACAGAAUAAACGAAAAGCUCAUUCACUUCAAGCUGACGUUCCCCCGGAUUGGGUUGAGUUACUUUUACGGGUUCCCAGAGACAGGGACAUGGCUGGUCUCUCCAAAACACACUGGACUGUUACCGGUUCUGGGGAAAUCUGCAGAUGAGGGCUGCUACGGACAAAUAAACUGACCCCCCCUCACAAUUGCCCACACUCAGCCAUUCAUCUACAUUCUAAUAGGAUUUUCAGCCUUACCUUAUAUACAUCCCACUGCUUGAGUUACAUGAUGAGUAUAGAAUGCACUACUUUACUCACUUCACAAGAUCAUCUGCCUUUGAGAAUACAAAAAAAGGAUGUUCUGCGUGAAAAAGUCAUUCUCUAUGGCCGGGACGUUAUAGGGUGAUAUAGGGGUUUAUGCAUAUAGGGGUUGAAAUCUCCUUACUAUAGUGUAUAACCGAACUGCCUGCCUCAAGCCAUGUAAAGUGACUAGGGCUGGAUCAGUGACUGAUGGAACCAAUAUCCUAUCUAUUCCAUUCACUUGAGGUUUUUUUUAGUACUUUUCCCCUACACUGCUCUGGACGGUUUAGCUUUUGACUCCCAAAGCAUGUUUUUUUUUUUCCAAAAUCCUCUCUUUCUAAGGACCAUAGCUACUAAGACCCAGUAUCCUCCACCAAUGUAGAAUGAUGAGAUUGUACCACCAUCCCUGGGACAUAGUGUUGGUCAACUUUAUAGACUUAGCUAGUAAGUUACAUAGGGCUGCAAGUACUUCAGAAACCCGUGUCGGUGAGUGGUAACACUGUGAUUUUUGCCCAGGCACUUUCCACACCCAGUUAGACCAGUUCCCCGAAAAAGCUACUGCAGCGAGGUCGUAUUCAACCACAGGUCUGUAAGAAUAUCUUGACAUGCUGGUGGAUGUGAGAUCCCUUUAAAAAGAAAAAAAAAUGGCAAUAUUCCUUUAUUUCCAUACUUCCAUGUAAACCGUGGUGGACACGAGAAUGUAACAUUCGGCAAUAGCCUUGUAAAUCAGGGAACCAACUGAAUUUUUUAAUACGUCACUGAGGGAUGUGCAGUCAUUGAAGUGGACUCCCAAUUUCUCUUCAUUAAACUUUAUUUUUAUUUUUUAAUACAUUUUUUAUUUUUAUUUUAUUUUGCAAAUUGCCUGCCUGAGAUUUUUGCAGCCUCUUUGUCGUGGGCUCGAUUACUUGGUAGUCAAACAACAAGUUGAUGGAGCAGGUAUGAUAGUGGUCUUCAACCUCUCCAGCUUGCAAAACUACAACUCUUAGAAUACCCCUGACAGCCCAUGGUUGUCAGGGCAUGCCAGGAGUUGUAGUUUAGCUGCAGUUAGUUGAAUAGAAAUGAGUGAAUUUAUUAGCAGCAUUUGCCCACCACUGGAAGAUGUUGAGUGCCUCGACGUCUUGUGGUUUGCCUUUUGGCGACUCCUGUCUCGCAUCGUAUUGUGUGGACUGGCGAAACUUGCAAAAUGGCAAACAGCAUGGAUUGACUCCAUCUCUUUAGGAAGACUUGGGCAAGGUUGUGCAGUACGCUGUGAUUCCACCCAUCAGGGCUGGAUUUUUCUCAAGUUGAAACCUCCAUCCGUCAAGACCCGUUAUAUUGUAGACCUAUCAUACGCUGUUAUGCCAGCUUUGUCAAUGUCCCAAUUUGUAUUCUGUUCUGGAGCCAAAGGAUGACUUGUCGGUACCCAAGUUCCCUACUCAUUCCAUUCCCAGCCCUGGUAAGAUAAAUAUGCACUUAAACUAUAUAUGUGAUUUUGUCCUGUCCUUUCCCGUCAUGUGUGGAGAGGCACAUUUUUAUAUAGAAUAAUGCACACGCCAUGACGGUCUGGGUAAGGUCCUGCACGUUUUGUUCAAGCACAUGCAGUGUUUUAUGGUGACCUCGCCUUCGUCUUUAGAUUUGUCUUGUCACAUUACAUGUUUGCGUUGAUACCAUGCAGUUUUCUUUCUGGCAUUAUAUGCUCGAUGAGAACGUAAUGAUGCUUCCGAAUUGAGACACAAUGACAUUUAGUGCACAUGGCGGAUACACCCAAAUGAAAUGCACAACCUAAAGAGCAUUUCCCGCUCACCAGUGAAUGUGAGCCCUGUUCUAUCCAAUGAAUCCGAGAAAGCUGUGCGACAGACAAAAUGGCAGCCACAGGAGCCGGGUCAAUUUUCCUCGAAUUCUGACUAGCAAAUCUGGCCAGUAAUAUCGUGACCCAUGCAGGUUAAAAACAGCAAGGCUGCUUUCUUCCAAAAACGGCACCACUUUUGUCUAUAUAGGUUUUUUUUUCGGGCAUUGCAGCUCAGCAUCAUUCAAGUAAAUGGGGCUGAUUUGCAAUACCAGACAUGGCCUUAAGCAGCCAUAUUUUUUCUGAUCUUAUAAAAGUUUCCUUUUAAGGCUAGGGUACACACUGCCAUCCAGGAGAGCCAACUGUCCAAACACGGGAACAGGUCCCAACUUAGAGGAGACUGUAAAUAUUUCCAUUCAUUUUGGAAAUUAUUCCCGAAGGAAGUUUUUUGGACUUUGGUCUCUGUCUCAGGACUCCGCUCCGAUUUUAAAUGGAGGAAGGAUGCAGCCUUAUUGGUGGGAAAUUUUCCGUUCAGUUCCCUGCUGGGAAAGCUAGCUGACAACCCAUGUAGGAAAUGUUCAGUGCGGAAAACACGUUCCGUGUGGGAGCGUGAUUUCCCAUUAUGGACAAUGCUCCUUUCACAGGAUUGCAGGGCGUCUUGUAAAAGGGAGCAGUGUCCACAUGUGUUUUACGCACUGGACAUGCACCUCUGAAAUUGGUCUUAAAAGGACUAUGACUUAAAGGGGUUUUCUAUGGGGAGUUAACCCUUGACAAGGUCAAAAUAAAUGUAGAAAAAUUAUACACUAACAAUCUUCUGCAGCAACUGUUCUGAGGAUGCCCGGUCCCACCUUGUUCUCCUUUUUGCAGCAGUGGCGUCCCAGCACAGGUAUAUAUGACAAUGGCAGCCAAUCACUGGCUGUACGGGUCACCACUGUGGCCAGUGACUGUCUGCAAGGCUUAUGCGUUUUUUGUGACAGUGUUCAUUGCUGCAGCCGGAAAUGGGAACCGCGGGGGACCGGGAACACUCAGAACGGGAGUGACGGGGCAUCAGCGAGUUUUUAUUUUGACCCCGCCAAGACAUUUCAGAUACAUUUCAUCUGCUGGCAAGCCCUUGUUGGAAAAUGACUUAAAGGGGUUGUGCAAGAAUGGGAAGUUUUUGGAAAACCCCUCCAUUCUGCCAGAUUUGCAAAGAGAAGAUGACUUCCCCGCUUCCUGGUGCUGGCUCUCCGCUCCUGCAGACCUGCAAUGCUCCGCUGGGCUCCAUCGAUGUUAACAUCUGGUUUGAAAUUGCUGCAGCCAAUCACUCCCCAUGGUGGUGUCCGGUUUCCCUCACAAAUGGUCACAUGACAAAAGGGGAACCGGGCACCGCUGCAGCGAUGUCAAACCAGAUGUUGACAUCGAUGGCGCCCAGCAGAGCAUCACAGGGCAGGAGGAGAUGGAGGGAGGAGCCAGGAAACAGGUAAGUCAUCGUCCCUUUGCAGGUCUGGCAGAAUGGGGGGUUUGCCAAACCCCCACCGUCCUUGCACAACCCCUUUAAGGAUCCAUAUUACUUAGGUUUAAAUGCUGUUUUAAGCAGCUUCUCUCCGCCAUUGAUCUUCAACAGACACGAUCGGAUGCCGUCUAUCUCCAGAUAGAGAAAUUCAGUUUGCCACAAAAUUGAACCCCUUCACUCUCCAAUGCGUGUCAUGGAGUAAACCCUCGCGGAGUAUGUGUUGCUUACACUCGGUGGAAGCCGCAGUUCUCUUUGUACUGUUCAUAAGACAAUGGCCGCCCUUUUUUCCCCCCAGACGUUGCUUUGUACUAGACCAUUGAACUUGUACACGUCAAAGCAUGGACUGACAAUGGCCGCUUUCACUUAGUGUAAUGGUCAGGUACAGCGUCAGAAACUGGCAUGCGUUUACAGGAGUCAUUUUAUUUCUAAUUUAUUGUACGAAUCGAUAUUUAUGCAAGUCUGUGUGUAUGAAUCUAUUAAAAAACAAAACAAAACAAAAAAAAGCACACGUUCAUCUGUUUUUAACCAUCUCCUUUUAUUGAUAGCCACCCCAUUGUGUCGAGAUUGGAAAUGCUACAUAAAAUGAUCCUCCAAGGCGCGAUAUGGGAAAUGCAAACCUGAAAUGACGUGCAAUACAGCCCCCUUACUCAAACACUACACAUUGCUUUGCACACCUCUUCUUACCUAUAUGGUCACCCCUUAUAUGCGCCCUACAAUUAUGUGCUGUGUUUUAAAAGGGUUUUCUUCCUAUUGUCAAAUAAAAUGAUUUCUUAUAUGUC